AUGUCUACCACAUCUGUUGCCCAUGUGAAUAGUCUGGUUCUGGAUGCGACGCCGUUGAUUACACACUCGUAUUCACACUACCAGAACUAUGCAAAGACAUUCUUUACAACACCUACGGUUUUCCAGGAAAUCAAAGAUGAACAAGGAAGGAGAAAUCUCGAUUUAUGGCUGACUUUAGGAUCUCUUAAGCUACGUCAGCCUCGUGCCGAAUCAGUAAAAAGAGUAAGUGAUUUCGCCAAGUUGACGGGCGACUAUUCCGUUUUGAGUGCUAACGAUAUUCACAUCAUCGCUUUAGCGUACGAGGUAGAAGCUGAGCUAAAUAACGGCGACUGGAGACUUCGUAAAAAGCCAGGUGACGAUUUGAAUCCCGUCGCGGAACUGGAAGCUCAGGCAAGCACCAAUACGGCUAGCGCCUCUGACAAGGACAAAACCAAGAAGAAACGCAGAAGAGGUGGUAAGAAACAGCGUGAGAAGCAACAACAACGCGAGCAGGAGAGUAAUGAUACAGUUUGUGAUGAAAUAGAACCUACCAAUCAGAAAACAGAGCCCGAGGAGAAGUUGGACGCCAUUCUUGCAGAAAAGAAGUCGACCGAGGCCACUGACCCUGAAGCUCCUCAGGACUCUGAAUUAGCUGGGGACGAGGAAACCUAUUUCGACGACGAUGACGAUGGUGACUGGAUCUCUCCAGAAAACCUGACUGAGACUAUGAUCAAAGACAGCGGUGAGGACACUACGGGGUCGCACGUCCGUGAAGAUCUCAACGGGUACAUGUCUGAAAACCAUUUGAAACUACCGCAAAACCAGGUAGCAUUGGCCACAGGUGACUUUGCAGUUCAAAACGUUGCUUUGCAGAUGAAUCUGAACCUGAUGAAUUUCCUUUCGGGACUUAGAAUCAAAAAGCUUCGUAACUAUAUGCUCAGGUGCCACGCAUGUUUCAAGAUGCUGCCGUUUCCCAAGGAUGGAACACCAAAACACUUCUGUCCCUCGUGUGGUGGUUCUGGCACCUUGAUGCGCUGUGCGGUGUCCGUAGAUGCUGCCACUGGUGAGAUAACUCCGCAUUUGAAGGCCAAUUUCCAGUGGAAUAACCGAGGAAAUCGUUAUUCGAUUGCCAGUCCAUUGUCCAAAAACUCGCAGAAGCGAUUUGGCAAAAAGGGAUUUGUGCACACCAAGCACGGGCAAGACGCCGAGCUGCUGAGGGAGGAUCAGAAGGAGUACGAGAAAGCCCUCAAACAGGAAGAAUGGACUCGCCGUCACAACGAAAAAGUGUUGAGCGACUGGACCGGAGGCGGAUCCGCCGACAAUUUUAUCUCGCCAUUUGCCAUCACAGGAUUGAAGCACCAUUCCGUGAAAGUGGGACGUGGUCGCCACGCCAAUAGUGUGGGACGUAAGAAAUAA